GCUGAACUGCACUACAUGUUGCUGUUAGUAACUCAUUUAUAAACCAUAGAUUUAAGCAUUGUCUGUACUCGGGUUCUACAUCUCAGCAUCAGGAGAAAUCCAGUGCAUGAAAGAUCACCAUGGAAAAUCCGUCUGAAUUGGACUCCUUUACAGGAGAAAUUAAAGAAGCACUUCAGAACAAUAACCAAUCACUGGCUGCUACAAAGAUCCAAGAGUUAUUGGACAAAGAGAAAAACACUUGCCUCAAUAUUGCCAUCACAGGAGAGUCUGGCUCUGGGAAAUCCACAUUUGUUAAUGCCUUCAGAGGUAUAGACAACAAAGAUGAAGGAGCUGCUCCUACUGGUUGUGUAGAAACCACCACAGAUGUCACGCGAUACCCUCAUCCAAACUAUCCUAAUGUUACAUUCUGGGAUCUUCCUGGAAUUGGGACCACCAGGUUUCCAGCUGACAAGUACCUGAAGCAUUUUGGAUUUGAGAGGUUUGACUUCUUCAUCAUCAUCUCAGACACACGUUUCAGAGAAAAUGAUGUGAAACUGGCUCAGGAGAUUCAGAGGAUGGGGAAAAGGUUCUACUUUGUUCGCUCAAAGAUUGACAACGACCUACGUGCUGAGGAGAGAAGUCAGAGAGACUUCAGUGAAGAGAGGACUCUGAUUAAGAUCAGGGAAAACUGUGUUCAAGGACUUACACAACAGGGCAUUGUGGCUCCACAGGUCUUCCUGGUGUCCAGCUUUGAGCUUGGUCGGCAUGACUUUUCAGUCUUACAUGAGACCUUGGAGAGAGAACUACCUGAACACAAGAGGAAUGCUCUUCUGAUGGCCAUGCCAAAUAUCAACCUGGAGAUCAUCAAUAAGAAGAAAAGGGGGUUCAAGGCCAAAAUAAAAUACUUUGCCCUUCUGUCUGCAGUUGUAGCAUCUGCACCAGUUCCUGGUCUUUCUAUUGCUUGUGAUGUAGCCUUGCUAGUUGGUGUGGUCACAAAAUAUGUAAUUGGGUUUGGUCUUGAUAUCCCGUCCCUCCAGAGACUUGCUAAAAGCACAGGUGUGCCAUUUAAAGAUCUGAUGGCCGUCAUAAUUUCCCCAGUGGCUACAACAAAAGUAACUUCUGAUCUCAUCCUGAAGGUGAUCACCAGUUUUUCUACAACAGCUGUUUUAAUGGCAGCAGAAGAAGUGUCCAGAUUCAUUCCAAUAUUUGGAAUUCCAGCAUCAGUGGCCCUCUCUUUUAUCACAACCAAAAUAAUUCUGAAUAACAUCCUCAGCAUGCUUGCUGAAGAUGCAGAGAAUGUGUUUAAGAGGGCUCUGAAGAUGAACACCUCAGUGUGAUUAUUUUAAUUUAUUUAUUUUACAGUAAAUGGCGUUCAGCAGCACAUUUAAAGCUGCAGCAUACUAAACUGGUGUCACAGUAAAUAAACAUGGUAUUUUAAUCAAAACCUACAUGCACAUUUUAUCCAAUAUUCUUUUAUAGAUGAUUAGUUUAUAAAAUUGUUAUUUCUUACAGCUUUAGAAUCUUUAUUUCUUUGUUAUUUGUUUAUUUUAUUUCUGUGCUUUUUUGUUCAUUUAUUGUGUGCUUAUUUCUCAAUGUGUCUGUGUAAUAGUGAAUAGAGAAGGUAAUAUGGGAGCUAUUGUUGAAAUACUGUAGUGGGGGAGGCAUCUGUCCCACCCAUGGACAAACACGCAAAGUUUUGGGGUUUUUAUGUUUGAAAUAAUGCAUUGAAUGUUUAAUGGUGAUUAUUUGUGUUCUGGAGAAGGUGUUGGAUGACUUGAUGUUGGUGGCUGUCAGACUGUUGGUGGUGACAGAUUCACACCCGGAAUAUUUACUGGCUUCCUGGUCAUGUUGAUGAUGAUUUUGUUGGAAAAAUACAAGAGAGUAAACUCAUACAAUAACUCUGUUGUCUUGGGGUCACACUGUGUAUGAGGCAUGAGACGUGCAAACAAAUUUCUGAAGGGCUUGAAUGUAUUCACUGUGUCCAAAUGCUUCUGCACUCUCUGGUAGCCCUAAGAAAAGGUCAAUGGGCAGCCUGGGAUGUCUACAAUACAUUAAAAAGUAUGGUGUGUAUCCUGUUGAGUCAUGGCGCGUACAGUUAUAGGCGUGUGUCACGGCGUCCACAUGUUCAUGCCAGUGGGACUUCUCCUGUGGACCAAGUGUACCCAACAUAUCCAUCAGGGUCCUAUUAAAUCUCUUGGUAGUCCCAUUCCCCUGGGGAUGAUAUGGGCUUGUGUGGGACUUUGUGAUUCCAGUGACCUUGCACAACUCCUUCACUACAGCACUCUCAAAGUUGCGACCUUGAUCCGCGUGAAGCUUGGCUGGGAACCCAAAACGGCAGAGGAAGUUCCUCCACAACACCUUCGCCACUGUGCGUGCCUUCUGAUCCCUGGUUGGGUAAGCUUGUGCAAAACAAGAGAAGUGAUCAGUUACAACCAGCACAGUCUCCAUCCUGUCUCUGGACCUCUCCAACGUCAGAAAGUCUAUACAGACAAGUUCCAUUGGUGCGUUUGUGUGGAUACUGACCAGAGGGGCUCUAAGACCUGCUGCAAGAGUCUUCCGGAGACAGCACCUCUCACACUGUUCGCACCAUGCUUUGAUAUCAUGGAACAUCCUGGGCCAGUAAAAGCGCUCCCUCAUCAGUGCGAAUGUGCGGUCUAUGCCUAAAUGUCCCAAAUCAUCAUGGAGGGCUGUCUUAGCGAAGCUACGUAGCUUCUUGGGCAGCACCAACUGUUCAACUGACCCUUUUUGUCCAUCUUUAAUUUUGCGGUAGAGGAUGCUGCCCUUGACCACCGAUCUUUCCAUUCCUUUAGGAGAACGUGCCCCUGUGCCCCGCCGUCCACACUGUCUCCUUUCCUUGUCACUCUGAAGCGUACGUUCCAUCAGGGGGGCAAUGCGUCAGGCGUGGUGGAAAAUACCUGGUGGUCUGUGCUAGCGGUAUGGGUGUUGGGGCAUGAAUAAUGGCUGUAUGAUCUGGUGUUAUAGUUGUGGGGGCUUGGAGGGGAGGUGGUUGAUUUUGCACCAUCAUCGUUGAAUCUGGGACAUCAUAUCUGCUAAAUAUUGGGCUCAGUAUGGGGGAUGCAGGAGUUGAGGGAGACUGAACACUGGAUGCGGGGGCACGUCCAGCAGGGAGAAACACUGUAGGGCCAAAACGGGGGGCGGUCGGUGCAUGUUGCAUGGUGGCAGGGGCACGUCCAGCAGGGGGAAGCACUGUAGGGCCAAAACCGGGGGUGGUAGAUGCAAAUUGUAUGGUGGCUUGGCAUGGGGAUUCGUAGGGCGGUGCAAUAUUCAUCUGGGGCUGCCCCUGUGCCAUCUUGGGCCUGACAACCCGUUGGGGGUCCAGGUGAUGUUUGAUAUCGACUACACACUGAGAUGACAACCCACCUGGGGCUUGGACAUUAUGACCUUGGUCCACAGUGCUAGCACCGUGACUUAAAGUCUGUCUCACAGUGGAGUUCAUUUCAGUUGGUGGUCGACGAAGGGUAUUUUCCUGAGGACUUUGCAUUUCCAUAAUUCAAAAGUGCUGUGUCCAGAUAGCUUCGGGGGAAGUAAAUUGGGGAAUUAUGUGUGGGUGUAUGAUGUUGAAGUUGGGGGGUGAAUGUUUGAAUGUGAUAAAUGCAGGAAAUAUGGACAGUGAUGUACAGUCAUAUAGAUUUUUUUUUUCUUUUCACUUUUCAAUAGUCCCUAUAUGUUAGUAAACAGCAUCAAAUCAAUUUCAAUAAAACAAAACUCAAAGGAUA